UUUGCAUUUCUCUGUGUGUGUGUUUUGUUUCCCCCAUUUUAUUUAUUUCCCUUGAGCUAUGGUUUUUCUGUUGAUCUUUCCUUUCGAUGUGAAAACGAAUUCCUAUAGGCUUGCCUUUUCCCUGGUGGGUACAUGUGCGGGAAAAAAGAGAAAGAAAGCAUUUGGGUUGCAUUGCAAUUGCAUUGGACUUUUUGGUGAACUGAAUAAAAGCCCAUAUCCCCUUUUGCUAUAUGAUUGACUUCUUGGGUUGGCUUAGUGACAAAGUUUAAUGUCAGAGUUCUGUUUUUUUUUUUUUUUUUUAAAUUUGGUCAUGAGUGCCGCUACUUGAAAGCAUGGAGUGUUUCUCUUAAUGUCAGAAACGGUUAAGUUUUGAAAAUAUUUAUUGUUUUGAAUUCGCCAUUGAAUUUGUUUCAAGUGGACAUCAUUUGCAUGUAACCGUUUUGAUCAGGGUCUGUGCAAUUCACGGUUGAUGCAAGGGACAGCCAAGAUAUAGUCUGGCUUUAAUGGUGAUCAAUUUUUUUUCUUCUUAAUUUAAUCAGUAAAUGUAAUGAUUUCAAGGUUCUCUGUUUAUGGCAAGUUGGACUUAAUUAGGAUAAUAAAACAAACUACCCUGGAGGGUUCUACUAAGCUUCCAUAAUAGGCUUCUCUGACCAUACAAGCUCCUUCAAUCUGUGAUAUCAUUUUGUAUAUAUAACAAGACUUCUUAAGCCUUCAAAGCAAUAGGGAAAAAAGGUUAGAAAGUUGAGUGAAAUUGGAGAGUGAUGACGAAGGAGUGCAAUUCGCCAAAGGAACAGCAGCCUCAAGUUCUUGCCAUAAGGAAGAACCUGGAGAAGCUGAAGCUAGAAUUGCACAACAUCAACCGAGGAAUUCAGUCCUAUAUACUGAGGCAGAGAGUGAAUGGAACUUGGGGAGCUCCAAGAUAUGUUAUUGGGGAGGAAGACGAUACUGAGUCUAAUGGAGAUGAUGAUGAUGAUGCUCGAUCUCUUCUUCAAUGUCCUUCCUGUGAUUUUGAGAUUGAUUUUUCGUCAGCCCAUACCCAUUUGGAAGAGAUGCACUGCUAUGACCCAAAAAAUCUGCUAUGUCCUGUGUGUGAUGAAACAUUAGGGGAGGAAGCAAUCUGGGUUGCACAGAAUUCAAGUGCACAAAAGAGAGCUUGGAAGUCUGACAAAUCUAGCAUUAGCAUCUCGUCAGGUGAUUCAGUAGUAGUGCUUGAAAAGAAACUUCCUGCCAGGGGAAGCAAACAUGAACCAGUGCCUGAUCCAGUUUUGUCACCGUUUGUCGGCAAUGUGUCUGUUCCAAACUCCAGUGGCAUCCAUCCUGGUGAAGGUUCCUCCAGGAAUGCCACGUACAUUUCCAAUGCAAAAGGCUCUGGGACAGAUGCACCCCAGGAUUCAGGUGAUGAGCAGGAUAUUGAAGAGAGAAGGCUGAGGGCAUCUUUUGUUCAGGAGUUGUUAUCGUCAGCUUUAAUCUAGGAAAUAUGCAACUUAGAAUUUAUAGACACAGUCAUGCAUUCGGAUAGCCUUGGUGCUCGUUAAAAAAAACAGCGUUUUAUUUUUGCUCAUGAGUUUAGAAUAGCUAAACUAAGCAUUGGAUAAUCAUAAAAUUGGAUGGUUGCCUCGUUUUGCAGGCUUGCAUCAUUGAACUUUUGAACCUAUUUAUAGUAUAUUUUACAUCUAUUAUUAUAUAUAA